GUUCUACGGCUGAAUGUUUACAGUCAUUCGCCUGGUUCUUGGAGAAGGGUUCGGUGACCAGGAAGAAUCAAAGAGCAAGUUUUUCAGCCUGAUUUGAAAUCAGAGAAAAGGGAUUUCGAAGCUAGCUCAGAGAGCAAAGUGUUCGGCCUGGUUUGAAGUUCAAACCAGAGAUACUGUAAGUUGUUUUCUCAGUUCUUUGCUGAGUUAUUUUGUUAUUUGGGAGGAUUGUUAAAGCAUUCAAAGCACACCUCCAUUCGGCCCAUUGUUGCUGGACUGAUUCUACUCAGAAAUUUAUGGGUUAUUCUGGAAGUGUGGUUCAGCUGUUAUUGGACUUCCAAACUGCUGAAAACUGAUCUAAACUAAGUGGUACAAGCCUCUACUUUAGUUCAGCUACUUCUUGGACCUAUAUGGAGUGUUCUUGAAGUGAUUCCUACUUGUUAACAGUGGAGUGUUGACUGGUGCAUACAUAGUGUUUGUAAAAAGGCCUCUUAAGUACUGUGGAUUAUAUUUUUUGUUCUCUUUGGGAAAAUAUUGUUGGGAACCAAGAAUACAUAGUGUUUGGAGGUCGGCUGAUUGUUCCUUGAAGGCUGAAUCAGGCUUCCUUCUUCUUGAAAGUGCUGCCACCGAACUUGGUUCUCACGGCUGUUAGGCCUGAAYUGAGUUUGUGAGUUGCUGUGUUUGUUGUUGAUUCAACUCAAUCUGAGUUCUUUAAAAUCAGUAUACUAUUGGUAGCUUGCUGAAACCCUAAUUGGAGUUGUUACAUAAUGGACUUUUCAGAAAUUGAGAACAAGAGUACUGCUGAAUAUGAACAUACUUCGGGAACUACAACUGAUUCCUUGUUGGCUGUAACUACAGUUAAACUGGAUGGAACCAAUUAUUUGGCUUGGUGACAAUCUGUAAAAACUCAUAUUUGCAGCAGAGGGAAGUGGGGGUUUAUCUCUGGGAGCAAGAAAGCUCCCCCAGUGGAUGAUCCCUCUUAUGAGAAAUGGGUGCAAGAGAAUUACACAGUGAUUGGGUGGCUUGUGAAUUCAAUGCAGCCACAGAUUAGUCAGCAUCAUCUCUGGAUGAAUUUGGCUAAGGAAAUCUGGGAUAGUGUUGUAGAAACGUACUCCCAGAAACUGAAUGUAGCCAGAGCCUAUCAACCAAGGAGUGAUGUGAAGAAUUUGAGACAGGGGGAGAAAUCCCUUGCAGCAUAUUUCUCCACCUUGAAAUCUCUGUGGCAAGAAAUUGAUCUAAUAGAAGCAGUGACAUGGGAUACUCCCAAUGAUGCAGAGACCUACCGGAAAUUAGUUGAAAGGAACAGGGUUUUUGAGUUCCUAACUAGGCUAAACCCUGAAUAUGACAUCACAAAACAAAAUAUUCUGUCCAAUGAAAGUGUCUCACUAUCACAAGCAUAUGCUUUAGUCAGUAGUGAAGAAAGUAGAAGACAGGUACAAGUACAAGGAGUUGGCACUAAUGCAUUUGCAAAUAUGGGGGUUAAACCCAAAGGAGUUAUAGGGGCUCCCAGUGGAACUGGAAAGAAAGAGGUUGUCUGUGAGUAUUGCAAGAAGCCAAAGCACACCAAGGACAAGCACUGGAAAUUACAUCUCGGACUUGUUCCUGCUCGAUUUCAGAAGAAAAAUGAUGGUAGGAAGACAGGGAGUGCAAAUGCAGCCACGGGUACAGAUGCUAAAAUUGAGUCUGCCUGUGCACAAUUGGCAGCCAUGAAGGCUAAGUAUGAAAAGUUUGGAAAGAUGAUCAGCCAUCUUGAAGGAGUGACCUCAUCAUCCAACCCUUCAGAAAAUUCAGKCACCACURCAUUUGCUCACUCAGGUAUAAGGGCUUUUGCUAACCAUGCAACCACCUCAGGACCUGGAGUCUCGAAAGGUGAUUGGGAGUGGCCAUGA